AACGUUUAAUGUUCUUCUGGCGAGUAACGUAAUCCGUGAUCAUACCAUAAUCGGAAUCCAGUCAGCUGUUAUGUCAAGCGAAUAUCCUUAACCAACAAAAUAAGUAAAAAAGAAUUCAUUAAUCGGCCUUAAUUAACGAUUAUUUUCAUAAUAUUGUGAUCUUCCAGUGUGUUAUAGUAUUCUUACGAAAGUUCUGAAAUAAUAGGUUUUCUUUAAUCUAAUUGAAUUGAAGAAUGAUAUUGUAACAGUAUUACAAGAGUACUUCCAAGAUGUUCAAAGAAAAUGAUAAUGCUUCUGGAGGAUGUAAUGGUCCCCCACCACGUGCUCGAAGAUUUCCAAGAUUUUCCUUAAGAAGAUUAUUAUAUUCAAGUCCACUUAUUGGUCGAAGAAUAGUCCGAGCACCUAGUUCUGGUAAUAGGAGUAACGCUAAAGCUAAAGAUCCAGCAGGCAGUAGAGUAUUUAUAGAAGCCAGAGUAAGUAAUGGUUCAAGCCAUUAUCAAUUUUACAAUAUAGACCUACAACGUGCUUCCAGCAAAGGCUCUGUACUUUCUUCUGCCGGAAAGAGUAAUGAGAGUGGAUUAAUGGAGUGUCCGCUAUGUUUAGCCGAUCUACCAAUUGAAUUAUUUCCUGUUAUACAAUCUUGUCAUCAUCGUACCUGCUAUGAUUGCUUCCAACAAUAUCUUAAAAUCGAGAUUUCCGAAUCAAGAGUUAAUAUAGCUUGUCCUGUAUGUUCAGAACCUCUCCAUCCUAACGAUAUUCGAAUGAUACUAAAUGAUUCAGCACAGUUAGAGAAAUAUGAAGAUUUUAUGGUACGAAGAGUUCUUGCCGUUGAACCCGACGCAAGAUGGUGUCCAGCGCCUGAUUGCAGUUUUGCUGUAAUCGCAAGCGGUUGUGCAUCGUGUCCAAAAUUACGAUGCGAAAGACCCGGUUGCGAUUCAUACUUUUGUUAUCAUUGUAAAGCUCGAUGGCAUCCUAAUCAAACAUGCGAUGCAGCUAGAGCUCAGCGUUCGCAAUAUUACGAGCGAAGUUCUUCGCUUAGUUUUAGUCAAAGUGAUUCACAGCACAGAGAUGAUAUUAAACCAUGUCCACGAUGUCAAGCUCUCAUCGUUAAAAUGGACGAUGGAACUUGUAAUCAUAUGACAUGUGCCGUUUGUGGAGCCGAAUUUUGUUGGCUUUGCAUGAAAGAAAUCAGUGAUCUUCAUUAUCUUAGUCCUUCUGGCUGUACUUUUUGGGGUAAAAAGCCAUGGUCCAGAAAGAAGAAGAUACUUUGGCAGCUAGGAACUCUCGUUGGUGCUCCUGUUGGAAUUGCUUUGGUCGCUGGUAUAGCAGUACCUGCAAUGAUUAUUGGUAUACCGGUAUGGGUUGGAAGAAAAUUAUACACAAGAUAUAAGAAAGCCAACAAGCACAAGAGAAAUGCUUUUAUUGCAGGUGGUGUUACUGCAUCGGUUUUAGUGUCGCCUGUAUUGGCAGGUUUAGCAGUUGGUAUUGGUGUACCAAUUCUUUUGUUCUACGUCUACGGCGUGGUUCCGGUUUCAUUAUGUCGCAGUGGUGGUUGUGGAGUCUCCACUAAUGGUACCGGUGUACGAUUCGAUUUUGAUGAUGAGAAUGAAUUAAUGGGUGCCUUGGGCGUUCGCAAUGCUGGCGAUGCAUCAUCGAUAGAUGUAGCCAGUCAUCGUGUUGGUAAUCCUUCAAUAGGUGAAGCAUCCUUGUCAUUGGGUAGUGGAAGUCAAUUGGAAAAAUUGGGCCGAGAAAAUGAUCGUGAAAGUGCUAGUAAUGUUGCAUUAGCUGGGCUCAGUUUAGCAGGAAGCAUUGCUUCUAGUGUUCUUCCUGGAGGUCAAAGAUUGGAAGUUCAAGCAGAUGUAACUUCAACACAAAGAUGUAGUCUCUGCAGUGAAACAGCUUCGGCUGCUACGAGCCUAUCAGAAAAAUCUGUUAAUGCUUCAUUAGCUCUUGAUGAUGGAGCAGCAUCUACGAGAGCAUUAUCAGGUUCAGUUCUUAACUUCAAGAUGGACAGUAGCUCGAUCAGCGGUGGUAGAAGUACGGAAGGAGAUCAAACAGCAAAUUCUACUACUGGAGGUCAUAUGGACUCAGCUGGACAAGCAACUUCUUUGAGUUCUUUAGAGGAGGUAGUACCGGGUUUAGCAAAACGUACGCGUCGUAAACCACCUUUAGAUCGACAACACAGUGAUUCGAGCAAUUGGACCGUAUGUGGAGAAGAUGGAGGUUCUGAACGUGUACGGUUCGACGAUCACGUUAGUUUUAUUGAAGCAGAUAGAGACCAAACCAGUACUGGAACGUGCAAUGCCAAUAACAGGACGACGACUGGUGGUAGACGAAAACGAAAUAAAGAGGUAGAACAGGAAUUAGAUACUCAAAAGUUUUCCAAGAAUUCAAAUAAGGAAUUGAACACUGAUACAACUAUUGAGGAACAUCCAUCCGUAGAACGUAUUAACGUUGCCACAUUGAGAAAUGUUUUUUUUCACAGUUCGACAGUAUCAACAGAUCGUGAAAAAAGAUUAUCGGUAAUAGAAGAACCAAUAUCAGCCGUAUUACAAAAUUCGGGAAACAAUCACGGAUUUUCUUCAUGCGAUGUGGAACGUAUUAUUGAUGAAAGUUCACACUGCUAAGGAAAAUUAAGAAAAAA